AUGUCGUCUGCCUGGCAAUUACCCACCGAGCCGUCUGAAGGUCUUCACGUUUUGAUUAUCGGUGGAACCCACCGCCCGAAAUAUUUUUCUUUCGUUUUUUUCCUUCAUUUUCAUUCUCAUGAGUAUGAGUUUCUUUUAGUAUUCUACAAGUUGUUUCCUUUUUCAAAAUGUUUCUUUUACCUAUUAAUCUAUCUUCAUUUUUCCUUUCUUUCAUUUAUAUUUUCUUUCCUUCCUUCUUAUUCUUUUCUUAUUUCUUUAGUUUCAUUCAUUUUUUUUAUUUCAAAUUAUUAUUAUUUUGUCCUUUUCAUUUAUUUUUCUUUCUUUCUUUCUUUCAAUUUAUCCUUCUUCAUUUUUAAGUCACUUAUUUCUUUCUUUCUGGCAAUGCAUUCUUCUCAGUUGUUCGUUUCAUUCGUUCAAUUUGUAUUCUUCCUUCCUUCCUUCCUUCCUUUCUUUCUUUCUUUCUUUCUUUAUUUCUUUCUUUCUUACUUUCUUUCUUUCUUCUUUUCUUUCUUUCUUUCUUUCUUAUUCCUUUUAAUGUUGCUGUGUUUCUUUCUUCUCAAAGUUUUACUUUACAUUCAAUCAUUUAGCAUUACUUCCUUCUUUUUACCUUGUUUCUUUCUUUCUUUCCUCAUUUCUUUCCUUCUUUCAUUAUUGCCUUUUCACGCACUUUCGACUUCUCAAUCCCUCUUCUGA